CACGACCCUCGGACAUUGCGGAACCGUACUGUGCACGCGGAAGAGGAAGACGACAUUUGUGAUCGACAUGGAAUUAUUUUCCUGAUAAAAGUGUGUGAAACUAUUAAACUACAGGCUGAAGUUCACACAGUGAAUGUGGAUGAAGAGGACACAGCUCCGUCCACAGCGUCUGGUCUUCUAAGGGGGGGUUGUCCAUAAAGGAUCCUCCAGGAGGCGUUGGUGAACGAGGACCUUCUGAUCCACAAAAGAGGAGGAGGAGUCCUGGUCCUGAGGUGGACCCACAGUCCUGUUCUUUGUGCCUGAAGGUCCUGACUGAUCCAGUCUGGACCAGCUGUGGACACUGGUUCUGCAGAGAGUGCAUCAGUUCAUACUGGGACCAGUCUGGUCCAUCAGGAGACUCCUCCUGUCCCCAGUGUGGAAAAAGAUUCAGAACCGGAGCCAGAACUGGAACCGGACUGCAGAUGGACAGAACUGUACAAGAUGAACAUAAGCUCAGUCUGAGGAGCAGGUGUGAACGUGUGACUGAAGGAAGUGAUGAAGAAGGAAGUGGAACCCAACUAAAGCAGAUCUUCACUGAGCUCUACAUCACAGAGGGACAGAGUGAAGACGUUAAUACCCAACAUGAGGUGAAGACGCUGGAGACAGCUUCCAAGAAGAAGACCAUCCAAGACAAAAGAAUCAGAUGUCAGGACAUCUUCAAAGCCCUACCCGACCAGCAGAACCCCAUCAGAGUGGUUCUGACCAACGGCGUCGCUGGAGUUGGAAAAACCUUCUCGGUGCUGAAGUUCACUCUGGACUGGGCAGAGGGUUUAGAAAACCAGGACGUCAGUCUGGUGGUUCUGCUGUCCUUCAGAGAGCUGAACCUGGUCAGAGAUGAGCAGUACAGUCUGCUGACGCUGCUCCGUGUUUUCCAUCCAACAUUACAGAAGGUCACAGCAGAGCAGAUCAGCGUCUGCAAACUUCUGUUCAUCUUCGACGGCCUGGAUGAAAGCAGACUUUCACUGGACUUCCACGACUGUGAGGUGGUUUCAGACGUCACUCAGAAGAAACCAGUCAACGUGCUGUUGACCAACCUCAUCAAGGGGAACCUGCUUCCAUCAGCUCUCAUCUGGAUAACUUCCAGACCUGCAGCAGCCAAUCAGAUCCCUCCUUCAUGUGUGGACAGGGUAACAGAAGUCCGAGGCUUCACCACCGACGUCCAGAAGGAGGAGUACUUCAGGAGGAGAUCCAGUGAUGAAGAUCUGUGCAACACAAUCAUCUCACACAUCAAGACAUCCAGGAGCCUCCACCUCAUGUGUCAAAUCCCAGUCUUCUGCUGGAUCAGUUCUAUGGUUCUGGAGCACAUGUUGACUUCAGACCAGAGAGAAGAGCUGCCCAAGACCCUGACCAACCUGUACUCACACUUCAUCAUGGUCCAGACAAAGAGGAAGAAGAACAAGUAUGAAAAAGGAGGUGAGAUGGAGCUGACGGAGGCUGACAGGGAAGUUCUUCUGAAGCUGGGGAGGCUGGCGUUUGAACAACUGGAGAAAGGAAACAUCAUGUUCUACCAAGAAGACCUGGAGCAGUGUGGUCUGGACGUCACAGAGGCCUCGGUGAAGUCAGGAGUUUGUACCGAGAUCUUCAAAAGAGAGAGUGGACUCUUCCAGAAACCACUGUACACCUUUGUACAUCUGAGUGUUCAGGAGUUUCUGGCAGCAGUUUACAUCUACCACUGUUUGACCAACAACAACACAGAAGUAGUGAUGAGGUUUCUGAGAGGAGGAGGAGAAGAAAAAGUAGAAGAAGAGGAGUAUGACCAUAAUUCAACACUCGAUGUCUUCCUAAGAAAGGUCAUGGAAAAAUCCCUCUCCAGUAAAAAUGGCCACCUGGAUCUGUUUGUUCGUUUCCUUCAUGGUCUUUGUCUGGAGUCCAACCACAGACUUUUUGGAGAUCUGCUGGGUCAAACAGAGAUCAGCUCAGAAACCGUAGACAAAGUCAUCAAAAACCUGAAGAAGAUGAAUACUAAGAAUAUCUCUCCUGACAGAAGCAUCAACAUCUUCCACUGUCUGAUGGAGAUGAACGACCACUCAGUCCAACAGAAGGUCCAAGAGUUCCUGAAGUCAGAGAACAGGUCAAUGAAGAGACUCUCUGAGAUCCAGUGUUCAGCUCUGGCCUACAUACUGCAGAUGUCUGAGGAGGUUCUGGAUGAGUUGGAUCUGAAGAAGUACAACACAUCAGAUGAAGGACGACGUAGACUGAUUCCAGCUGUGAGGAACUGCAGAAAGGCUGAUCUCUCUUGGUGUGGGCUCUCAGACAUUCACUAUGAAGUCGUGGCCUCAGCUUUGAAGUCCAGUCCUUCCCAUCUCACAGAACUGAACCUGAGUGGUAAUGACAUGAAGGUUCCAGUUGUGGAGGUUCUAUGUUCUGGACUGGAGAGUCCAAACUGCAGACUGGAGACUCUGAGAUUUUAUGACUGCAGUUUGUCAGAUGUCAGCUGUUCUUCUCUGGCCUCAGCUCUGAAGUCCAAUCCAUUCCAUCUGACGGAACUUGAUCUGAGCAGAAACAACCUGAAGGAUUCAGGAGUGAAGCUGUUGUGUGAUUUUCUUCAGAGUCCAGACUGUAAACUACAGAUUCUGAGAUUGAGGGGCUGCAGUUUGUCAGAUGUCAGCUGUUCUUCUCUGGCCUCAGCUCUGAAGUCCAAUCCAUUCCAUCUGAUGGAACUUGAUCUGAAUUUGAACGACCUGAAGAAUUCAGGAGUGAAGCUGUUGUGUGAUUUUCUUCAGAGUCCAGACUGUAAACUACAGAUUCUGAGAUUGUAUCGCUGUGGUUUGUCAGAUGUCAGCUGUUCUUCUCUGGCCUCAGCUCUGAAGUCCAAUCAAUUCCAUCUGAUGGAACUUCAUCUGAGUGGAAACAACCUGAAGGAUUCAGGAGUGAAGCUGUUGAAGGAUUUACUCAAGAGUCCCGACUAUAAACUAGAGAAACUGUGGAUCUACGAUGCUAUUGGAAUCCCUCAGACAUUAACUGGAAUCCCGAUGCGUCAUGGAGUGGAGACAGAGGAGGACACAUCAGAGUCUGGCUGUGGGGUCAAAGGUCGUCCUCCAGACUCUGACAGUGAACCUGGACCCUCAGAUAAACGCAGUGGUGUAGUCUACGUGAUACGCAGAACUAGAGCUGACAGACAUGAACCAUGUCCGUCACUUCAGACUCAGACCUGAAGGAGUCUGAGGACGGCGUAGAGGACUGUGUGGACCGAGACCCUCGCACCAAUCCUGAAGAUCCAGAGAAGCAGCAGCUCGUCUGCGCAGAGGCUCAGGCUGGAGCGUCCAACUGGGAGGAGUUCACACCUGAAGUAUCAGCUGAGUCUGGACACAUUUCAUACAGGUUCAGUGUCCCCGUUCGGGUUCGUUCUGCUGUACUCGGACUGGAUUGGUGUUUGUUGUGGAUGGAGAGGCGGGCCUUCAGUAC